AUUCGCGGGUGCACACGGGUCUCGGCAGGAGGAACAUGAAAAACAUGAUGUCGCUCAUUUCCAACGCGCUCUGCAGGAUCGCGGGGAAGAGCGUGGGAGCCCAAACGGUGUCGGAGCUGCUGGCCGACCUGUCAGAGUACGUCCGUGUGACGUCACCGCCGGCAGACCCGGCCCCAGCGACGCCGGCCCCGGCACCGCCCCAGCGUCGGCCACCCGAGCCUCCACCCGUCGGCCCUGCAGCACCUCCUGCGCGGUUAGUUAGCGGCCGGAGCGCCGGGCCCGACCCGCCUGGCAACCGAGUGGUGGUGUCGCGCUCCUACGCUGACUUCACCCCCGCGGCCAGCUUCGAUGUCAAGAAGUGCGGGCUGCACCGGCUGGACGAGGGCCCCCCCGAGCGGGCCGAGCUGACCCGGGAGCAGGGCCUGCAGUACUACCGGACCAUGCAGAGCAUCCGCCGCAUGGAGCUGAAGGCCGACCAGCUGUACAAGCAGAAGAUCAUCCGGGGCUUCUGCCACCUGUACGACGGGCAGGAAGCGUGCGCCGCGGGCAUCGAGGCGUCCAUCAACCCCACCGACCACCUGAUCACGGCGUACCGCGCCCACGGCUACACCUACACCCGCGGCGUGUCCAUGAAGGAGAUCCUGGCCGAGCUCACAGGUCGCAAAGGGGGCGUGGCCAAAGGGAAGGGCGGCUCCAUGCACAUGUACGCGCCAAACUUCUACGGAGGAAACGGCAUCGUGGGCGCGCAGGUGCCGCUGGGCGCCGGCAUCGCCCUGGCCUGCCAGUACCACGGCAACAACCAGCUGUGCGUCACGCUGUACGGAGACGGCGCGGCCAACCAGGGCCAGCUGUUCGAGGCCUUCAACAUGGCGGCGCUGUGGAAGCUGCCCUGCAUCUUCGUGUGCGAGAACAACCAGUACGGCAUGGGCACGUCGGUGGAGCGGGCGUCGGCCAGCACCGAGUACUACCGCCGCGGAGACUACAUCCCCGGGCUGCGGGUGGACGGGAUGGACGUUCUGUGCGUCAGAGAGGCCACGAAGUUCGCCGCCGAUCACUGCAGAUCUGGAAAGGGUCCGAUCAUCAUGGAGCUGCAGACCUACCGUUACCAUGGACACAGCAUGAGCGACCCCGGCGUCAGCUACCGGACCCGGGAGGAGAUCCAGGAGGUCCGCAGCAAGAGCGACCCCAUCUCCAUGCUGAAGGAGAGGAUGCUGAGCAACAACAUGGCCGCCGUGGAGGAGUUCAAGGAGAUCGACAUCGACAUCCGUAAGCAGGUGGAGGAGGCGGCCCAGUUCGCCACCUCGGACCCGGAGCCGCCGCUGGACGAACUCUGCAACCACAUCUUCCACAACGACCCGCCGCUGGAGGUGCGGGGAACCAACCCCUGGUCCAAGCUCAAGUCCGUCAGCUAGACCCCCCCCGAACCCCCGACCCACGGAGACGCACUUCACCCCGUUACCACGGCGACACCCCCGGUCCAGCCCCCAGCGGGACUCGUAGCUGAACCUCCGUGUUUCUAGUCCGUAGACGUCGUCGUGGGUUCGGACCCUCACAGCCGAGCGACACACGCACAUUAAGUUCUUUGUCAUUCCUGCACGACGGUCCCUCAGCCUCCUGUGACCUUUGACCCCGCCGGGUGAAAACCAUGCUUGUAGAAGAAGGGGAGAGGUUUUUACAUGAAAUGACCAAAUCUGCCGAGGAAAGGAGGUUUACAGUCGAACUUUGGUCAUUUUAUUGUAGAGUGAAUUAGUUGGACCGUCUGUUUCUGUUACUGAGCUUGUAAAGAUAGAUUUAUUAUUACUAUUUUAUUUAUGUGGCUGUUAAAGUGUUUGCUGGAUCAAAAUGAAUCUGAUGAAGACAGCUGGGAACUUUGGUUGGUUGGGAACUUUCGGUGGCUAUAAAAUAUUAUUUAUUUGAUUGAAGCCCUACUAAAGUCAUUAAACCUGUAUAUUUAAAGCAAUAAAAUAUCACAAAAUAAA